AACUUCAGUUUUGUAUUCUGCGAACUUUAAUGUUGACGUUUGAUGUUCGAUCUUAGAUGAUAAAGUUUAAUAAAGUUCCUAUAAUUAUUAUCACAUAUGUAAUUAUUACAAAUAAUUUAUUAAGAUUAAGUGAGGUUGAGAAGAUCGAUGAAAGAUCAUACAUUAUAAUGAAAUAUACGUAAUAUUGGAGUGACAAUAAGUAAUCGCAGACAAAUUUUUGAAUGAAUUGAUGCAAUCAAUAAUAUGAAUUAUAUUAUAACUAUGAUAUAGUAUUCAUAUUACGCAGGAAUGUUUGGAGUAUAAUUGAUCUUCUAGAAUCAUGAAAUUCAAUGAAAAAGAGCUUGCAGAAGCAAGCAAUGGUCAUGCUGCUCUCGAAGGUCGUUUAAAUCAUAAACGAGCACAUAAAUCAGUAUUUAAAGAAAAAUGGUUCAAACUAAGGUACAAUCUAUUAUUUUAUUUUAAUAUCAACGAAUUAGGACAUAUUGACAGAAGACAACCAGCUGGUGUGAUUGUAUUAGAAAAUUAUUGUAUUAAUAUCGAUAGCGCGUGCGAAGGAGUAUUCGCGUUUAGUAUAGCAUUUCGUGACGAUCAUGAGAAAAGGCAUAUUUUGAGUGGGCGUUCAGAAUCUCAAGUAGAACAAUGGGUAAAUGCACUUAACCGUGCUAGUUACGAAUAUUGGCGGUCACGUUUAAUAAUGCUUCAAGAGAAAUUAAGCAGAAAGACAGGAGAGGAUCCCUUGCUUGUGUACCCAACUUUUCGUUCCCAUCAACCUUCUUCUUCUAUGUCAGCUGUAUCAUCAACAGCAUUAAGUACAGUAACAAAAGAAGCGAAUUUGAUUGAAUUUUAAGCGAAAUAAUUUAAUUGUAAUUUUUGUACGCUAUAUUUUGAAAUUGAAGUAUUAUUUGCUUAUAAAAAAUAAUACGAAGAUAGAUCAAAUUGCAAUGUUAAAUGUAAAUUAUUCCUACAAAAAAGAAAGUGACAAGUUAUAAAAUUUAUUUAUUCUAGCUAAUACAUGACUUAUACAGUUUACAUUGUAUGUACAAGGUAAAAUAAGGAUUUUAUAUCACUGCAAAUUAUUUACAUCACUCUCUUAUUAUUUAUUAAUGUAACAAACAUUUUACGUGUAUCUAUGUAAAGUAAUUUUGAUACAAUUUUGAAAGAACCAAAAAAAUCUGCUAUAAUAUAGUUUAAUUCUUGAGAAGCGUUACGUGGAAUUUACUGUAUGUUAUUAAUUUAUUAUAAUCAAGAUAU